CCUAUCCCUCGAAUUUCAGAUUAUAUCCAGCGAUGCCAAACACAAUGCACAAUUUUGGUUCCAGUAGUGCGUCGAAAUCUUCGAGUAGUGUUUUUAAUGGUGUUCCUCAGACCAUCACUAACACUCAAGUGUCUGGAAACGCUGCAGCGAGUGCCAGUGCCAAUGCUCAAGUAAAUGAUGGCUUUGGUUUCAAUCAGGGUUUCCCACUAACCGAUAAACCAUUUGCUGAUGUCAAUUUUGGAACUAAGGUGGACGAAGAGAAUAAAAACAGUUGUCAAAAUAAGGAACAAGAAGAAAGUGGUUUCGAGAAGAAUAACAAAAGUCAACGAAAAUCAUUUUCAAUGGAGCAAGGAGGAUUUGGACAAAAUUGCAACUGCGUCUGUAAAGGAAUCAAGUUUUUUGAUGAUACUGAUACUGACAGCCAAAGCACUAAUGCUGACUUCAAAGGAGGAAUUAAUAUUGAUACUCGUUUUGGAACUGAUGUAUUUUACAAGAGUGGUACUUUCCCAAAAGGACCUUCAAGUGGUGUUUCCAGUAGCAGUUCUGCCCAAUCUUUUCCCGAUGGUUCUGGUUCCUUUGAAGUUUCAGCCAGUAAAAUUCCAGCCUAAUUGAAAAUUUGACCUUUCCAUGUUUUCUCGCAGUUUGAUUUCUCGUGUAUGUAUAUUACAUGUGUCUGAGAAUAAAUGAAAGAGAUUUUAAAAUGGGAAGCUUAUUUUCUUGUGUAAGAUAUAAUAAAUGUAAAUUUAAGGAAAA